AUGACAGCUGCGCUCGCAGCGCCAAUAGGGAGUAGUGGAAAAAAAAGUGAAGGAGGAGAGCGUCGUGGCGCCCAAACGUGGGACAAAAUGGACAAUAAUACUGAGUUAACCGGGCGAGGAAAAGUGUUAAGUGCAGAGUUGUCUUCUACACUCGCUCAGAUGGCGGAACUCAACCGCAAAGCUGAGGAGCUCAAGAGGCAGCUAGCCAAGGAAUAUGAAGACGGGGAGUGCUCCACAGAUGAGGAGCCUGAUAUAGGAUCUAUUCCGACCCCUCGAGGGAAGGCGCAGAGUGACAGAGACUCAGAGUUCCGGGAGUUGAGUCUCACCAUGGCCCAGCAAAGCCAAAGCAUCGCAAAGUUAACUGCGCGUCAGUCUGGGCUGAAGGAAUUGCCACGGUUCUCGGGAGAAGUCGAGGAGUGGCCGAUAUUUCUCAGCCAAUAUGAGCAAUCCACGAAUUCCGGUGGCUAUUCGUCGGCAGAGAACGUCUCCCGCUUGGAGAAAUGCCUGUCAGGAGAGGCACGCAAUGCGGUUAAGACACUUCUAUCCAUCCCUACGAGUGCUGAGCUCAUCAUCAACACUCUACGCCAAAGGUAUGGCAAUCCACGCCAAAUGUUGCAGCGCCUAACUGCACAAGCAAUAGCCGCAGAGAAGCCGAAGGAUGACAAUCCGCACUCUAUCAUCAAUUUCGCGACGUUAACGCGAAACAUUACUUUUGCGCUCAAGAAUCUGGACGAGGGGAGGUUCCUUUUUGGCUCGACUAUCUUAGACGAACUGGAGAAAAAACUUUCGCCGCUGAUGAAGAUGAUGUGGGCGGAAGUUAUCCACGCGAAGCCAAACUAUACACUGGAAGACCUUGCGGACUGGCUGGGAAAACGUGCUGAGUUUGCAAUACAUAUUGCUCCAUACUGCGAGACUUCACAGCGUGUGGAGAAGAAGGAAGAGCGGCACAAGCGACCGAUGAAAUCGACAAAUACCAAGCCGGUAUUCUUGGCUGAUGGCAAAACAGUCCGAUGUCCUAACUGUGAAGGAGAGCAUUUCAUCCCCGCCUGUCCCGCCUUCCAAGAGAUGUCCCCGGAUGAACGCUUCGAUAAGAUAAAGGAGUUGGAACUCUGUAUAAGCUGCUUUCGACCAAAUCAUAGAGCGUUCAGAUGUUUCCGACGCCGCGAAUGUGGACGAGAUGGCUGCAAAGAUAUUCAUCAUCGCCUUCUACAUGGUCACAGCCGCCGCACCAAGAACACAGCCACAGCCAUGAAUUCCGUACCGCAAGAAGGUAAAGAGGAACCAAAGAGUGGAAAAAAGAUGAGGGAUGUGAUUUCUGCAUCGCUGAAAAGUUCCACAGCGAGCAUGGAAACAAAUGAAACGCUGAUGGAUCAAGCCGCGGUUGUAGAACGGGGCAAUCAGUAUCUCGAUCUCGAAAACACGACAUAUAUGCAUCGCGUCUACGCAGCCGCAAACAUCCAUAGAAAUGGAAUCGUCAUGUUACGUGUGGCACCGGUUACGUUAAGAAACCCGCGGACCGGAAACACACUGAGUACAUUUGCACUGUUAGAUUCGGGCGCUACAGUCACGCUGAUUGAUAAAGGUAUAGCGGAACACUUGACUUUGCGUGGAAAACCAACCUCCAUGCGGCUGCAGUGGUUAGAUGGCGUUGCGCGAAGCCAAGAUACGGUUACUUGCGUAAAUUUGCAAGUUAAGGGACAAUAUGAAAAAGCGAAGUGGUUUAACCUCGACCAUAGUUAUGUGAUCGAGAAUCUUAAGCUCCCAGAGACGAAUGUAGAUCGAGAAAAGCUAACACGGAAUUAUCCCUAUUUAAGCAACGUGAAGUUUGAAUCCAUAAGACACGAGAGGCCAACAAUAUUGAUCGGAGAGGACAAUGCUAAAUUAAUUGCCACUCAGCAAAUGGUACAUGAUGCUAAUUACAAACCGGUGGCGUCAUUAACAGCGUUGGGGUGGGUUAUAAGUGGAAUGAUCGAAAGCCGGCAAAGACAGAACGCGAGCAAACAGAUGGUAUGUCACGCAUCGGAUAAUGCAGAACUUAUUGAGCUACUGAAACAUAGUUUCAGCCUAGAGAGUGUGGGGAUAAGGCCUACAGCGGAACCUCGGUUGACCAAAGACGAACAGCUCGCAUAUGAAAUUCUCAAUAACACGACGAAACGCAUGGGAAAUAGAUUUGAGGCGGGACUUCUAUGGCGAGUACCUCGCACCUCAAUGCCUGCGUCAAGAGCAGCUGCCUGGCGACGGCUUCAACAGACUGAGGCAAAAAUGGAUAGGGACCCCGAGUUUGGACGACUAUAUGUAGAAAAAAUGCAACAUUACCUCAAUGAAGGCUACAUGAUACCUCUUGAGGAAAGUGACUCGGCAGUCCCGGCUGAAGAAACAUGGUAUCUACCACAUUUCGGAGUGAUGAAUCCCAACAAACCGGGGAAACUUAGAAUUGUUCUGGACGCAGCAGCUGAGGUUAACGGAGUGUCCCUAAAUAAGCGACUUGUCAGUGGACCAGACCUCACGACAUAUCUACCUAAGCUUCUGAUGCAAUUUCGUGUAGGUCUGCAUGGAUUUGUUGGCGACAUCAAGGAGAUGUUCCACCAAGUACGUAUUCGAGGGGAAGAUCAAAACUAUCAGAGAAUUCUUUGGCGAGCUAUGGAUCGAGACAGAAUACCACAGGAAUACAAGAUGACAGUGAUGAUAUUUGGAGCAACUUGCAGCCCGACAAUUGCGGCGUAUGUAAAAAAUAGAAACGCCACAGAUUACCGAGAUGAAUAUCCUGCAGCUGUUCAAGAAAUUGUUGAUAAACACUUCGUUGAUGAUUAUUUGGGCAGCAGCGACAGUGUGGAUGAAGCAGUGCAACUUAUCCAUGAGGUUGUGGAUAUACACAAAAAAGGAGGAUUCGAAAUAAGAAACUUCGUCAGUUCUUCUCAGGAGGUUCUAAAGAAAAUACCAUCAGAGAUCCGGUUGCAAAAAUCGAUGGUUGACCUCGACUUAGAACCUAAAUUUGAAAAGGUUCUUGGUGUAUGGUGGGAGCCAUUAACUGACGUCUUUUCCUUUAGAGGUCAAACGGACAUUCCUCUGGACACAACACCGACAAAACGUCAAGCACUGUGUACAUUAAUGAAAGUAUACGACCCAAUGGGAUUCGUGGCGCAAUUCAUUAUCAGGGGCAGAAUCAUUCUACAAAAAAUCUGGCGAACGGGGAUUGAAUGGGAUGAUCAGAUGCCUUUUGAGAUUUAUCAAACGUGGCGAGGAUGGGUGGAGCAGUUACAGUGCCUAGAAGAGGUGGAGAUUCCGCGCUGCUACGCACCAAUCCACAUGAAAAGGGGACGAGUUGAGUUACACACAUUCACUGAUGCCAGUGAGGAUGCGUACGCGACAGUGAUUUACCUUCGCUUCAUAGUCGACGAUCAGAUUCAUGUGUCACUGGUGAAAUCAAAGGCGAAAGUAUCUCCGCUAAAAGCGGUGUCGAUUCCCCGACUGGAACUGCAAGGAGCAGUUAUAGGUUCCAGAUUGGCCAGUUUUGUCGCAGCAAAUAUCGGGAUAGCAAUCCAUAGGAGAAUAUUCUGGACGGAUUCAACAGUGGCUCUUCACUGGAUCAAGUCAGACUCACGCAACUUCAAGCCCUUCGUCGCCAAUCGAGUGGGAGAAAUUCAAGAAGUGUCUGAUCCUGCUGAGUGGCGCUGGGUACCCACAGAUCUGAACGUUGCUGACUUAGCAACAAGAGACAAAGGAUCAACGGACUUCGCCCCGACAUCUGUGUGGUACCGUGGACCAGAGUUUCUCCAUCAAUCAGAGAACACGUGGCCAAAGCAGCGAGAGGAAGAAACGCCUUUAGUGGCGAUAGCGGAAAUAGCAGAAGAUACGCAAUUCAAAUCACCGAUGAACAGCAAGAAUUAUGUUAAAUGGCAUCACAUGCUCAAGGUCGCAGCAUUCGUCUUCCGUUUUCAACGGGCUUGCAAGGAACGUUGGAGAACGAAAUGUAACAAAGAGCACCGGAAGAUUGGAACUUUAGACGCAGCCGACUGGAAAGGAGGUGAAGAAUACCUGAUAAAAAUCGCUCAACGAGAAAGUUUCCAAAUCGGCGGGGUGAUGGAGGAAGCUACGGAUACGACAAAAUUACGUCCGUGUAUUGUUGACAAGAGCAGUGUAUUAUACAAAUUCAAUCCUGCAAUCGACCAGAAAGGAUUCAUCAGAGCGGAUGGACGACUACAAAGGAUGCCCCGUGUGUCACCAGAAUUCAGGAACCCCGUCAUCUUACACGCGGGCAAUCGCAUUGUACAGUUAAUGUUAAAUUCUUAUCACGAGCGCUUGGGCCACUGGGGGGCAGACCAUACCUUAGCUGAAUUAAGGACCAGAUUUGAGAUAAUCAAGGGAAGAGUCACCCUUAAAAAGCUGCAACGUGGAUGCAAAAUAUGUCAGAUUGCGAGGGCAAAACCAAGAAUCCCCAUUAUGGGACAAUUGCCACCAGAACGACUUGAAUCGCAUGUAAUCCCGUUCACCUACACGGGAUGCGAUAUGUUUGGACCGAUAAUGGCCAAGGCUGGAAGAAGUGAGGUAAAGCGCUAUGGGAUGAUAUUCACCUGCCUAGUCACUCGGGCAGUCCAUCUUGAGUUGUGUACUUCUAUGAGCACGGACUCUUUCCUAAUGGCGCUUCGAAGGUUCUUCGCACAUCAUACAGUACCCAAGAAGAUAAUGUCCGACUGCGGAACCAACUUCCGUGGAGCCAAGAAGGAGUUGGCGGAGGAGAGGUCAAAGCUUAAUUUUGAGGACGUCACCCAAAGAAUGGCUCAACUAAAUGUAGAGUGGGUUUUUAACCCACCAUACGCACCCCAUAUGGGUGGAUGUUGGGAAAGGCUAAUUGCAUCUGUGAAACACGCGCUGAAGAUGUCUACAGAGUUAUCAGCACACCCUCCGAGUGAUGAAGUACUUGCAACCUUACUCGCAGAAGCUGCUAAUAUGGUGAAUAGCAGACCUUUGUUGGAGUUAUCAGAUUCCGGAGAGUCUUUAACACCGAAUCAUUUCCUGCGUCACCAUAAGUCGUCUCUCACAUCCGGCGGAUCCUUCGACGACAAAGAUUUGGUGCUCCGCAAAGAGUGGCGGAAAUCCCAGAGACUCGCCGAUCAUUUCUGGCAGAUUUGGACAAAACAUUACGCGCCGACACUGUCAAACCGACCAAAAUGGAGAGAGUCUGAAGAAACAGUGAAAGUCAACGAUCGUGUCGUAGUUAUGGAUCCGAAUCGCCCCAGGAACUACUGGCCGACCGCAAGGGUGAUCAAGAUAAGGCCGGGCUACGACAAGAAGGUGCGUGUAGUGGUCAUAAGGAUGGAAGAGGAUCAGAAGGAGUAUACACGUCCGGUGACGAGAUUAGGAGUACUGCAACCGCCAAUGCUGACCCAAGAUUGA